GAACCCGGAUGAGCAGUAUAUAAACAGAAAACCAACCGCGCUCGUUCUUUUCAUAGCUAACCACGCUGCACCUUCCUGACUCACCGCUGUUCGCUUGAAUUUCUCCCGAAUAAGUCGGUCAGGAAACAUUGCAAUGGCUUUCAAGGAUACUGGGAAGGCACCUGUUGAGACUGAGGUGAAGAUUCACCGCAUCCGCAUCACCCUCACCAGUCGUAACGUCAAGUCUCUGGAGAAAGUCUGCGCUGACUUGAUCCGUGGGGCUAAGGAGAAGAACCUGAAGGUGAAAGGACCAGUCCGCAUGCCAACCAAGACCCUGCGUAUCACCACCAGGAAGACCCCUUGUGGUGAAGGAUCCAAAACUUGGGAUCGCUUCCAGAUGAGGAUCCACAAACGCCUAAUUGAUCUGCACAGCCCAUCUGAAAUUGUCAAGCAGAUCACUUCCAUCAGCAUCGAACCUGGUGUUGAGGUCGAAGUUACCAUCGCUGACGCAUAAAUAUGCUUCAGCGUCAAUAAAGAAUACCAAACUA